AGUCUUGAGUUAACAUUUGAACCGAAAGGUGUACAGUACAGUGCAGCAUGAACAUGAAAUUCUUGUGCGUGGUGGUGGCAACCUUCGCCAUGGCUUCGGCCGAAUACAGCGGCGGUCUCAAAGACGCUCUCGACAUCUACAGGGAAUGCAGCAAGAGCGAGGGCUUCUCGCCCUGCCUGAAGAAGAAGGCCAUCGGCGUCUUGGACAGAUUGGGCCGCAUGCAGCAAUUCAACUUCGGCGAGGGAGUCAGUAUUGUGCACGAACCUCAAACCGCCCCUGUCGAGAGUAUCGAGCAAUUGGAGGCAAAUCUGCCGCGUGCGCUGGACGCCAAGGACGCCGCUUUAAGUGACAUCGCUUUGAACAAAGUAUCGCAAUUGCUGGGAACAAGCAACAUUCAAAUCUCCUUAUCGAGAUUCAUCGAGGAUGACAGCAGCGAAAUGGUUGAAGAAAGUCGUAAGAAGAAGGGAGGCAAAAAGGGAAUGAUGGGAGACAUUGGAAUGCUCAUCGCCGCCAAAUUGGCUGCAAUCCUCCCACUGAAAAUCGCCCUUAUUUUCUUCAUCGCCAAGAAAGCUUUGAUCAUCGCCAAAAUCGCCCUCUUGAUCUCCGGUGCCCUGGCUAUUAAGAAACUUUUGGCUUCCAAGGGAGGCAGCGGCGGACAUGGCGGCGGUUCCAGUGGAUGGCAGUCCAGCGGCGGCGGUUGGGAUAAGAGGUCCAUGGAAGAAGCCCAAAAUUUGGCUUACAACGCUUACAAACCUCAACAAUAGAUAAUUUAAGUUAACUAGUCAUAUCUAAUUUAUUUAUUUAUUUUAGCACAAAUUUUACUGAUUACAUUACUGUAGAACGCAACCACUUUGUACAUAUUUUUCCUGAUGUAUGACGUAAAAUAUUAUUAAAAAAGACUUUUAUUAUUUAUCUAUUUAUUUGUGCCACAAUAAACAAUUGUUCUCAAACG